AUGACUGAUAUUUCGCCCGAUACUAGAGACUCGUCUUUGCUAAAACCAGCUGAGAUCAAGAUAACACCACCAUUGAACCAACUGAAAGAACUGAGACAACCGCCCUCUGUAUCUAGAUUAUCGUCAUAUUCAGGGCUAGAUUCUCUGAAUUCAACAGGACAGGGACAGGGACAACAGGGGCAACAGGGGCAACCGCAGGCGUCCAUGAUCAAUUCCAAUGAUCCACUUAUAAAUUUAUCGUCAUCUUCAACUGCUUACUCGUCGUCCAAUGGUGGCUCGCCUCGUUCCAGAAGAAAUACCGCGAUGCUCCAUAAUUCUGCUUCCAGUACGUCUCCUUCACGGCUUAGAAGUAAUAGUGCUGUAGGUAACGAAUUAACACCCACUCCAUCGCAUCACCAACCGGCACACACGGUUACUAGGCAACGUAGAUCCUCAUCUUUGAUACAACAUUUGGAGCCAGAUACUUUAGAUACCAAAAUUGACCAAGCUUUGAAUCCAAAUGUUAAUGCCAAUUGGGUUGACCAGAAGGGAGCGUGGAUCAUUCAUAUUGUUAUUAUUGUUCUACUCAAGAUAUUUUAUAAUUUCAUAAGUGUUUUGGAUAAUGAUUGGAAGUGGACUUUGACAAAUUUGACAUAUACAAUUGGGUCAUAUAUCAUGUUUCAUCAAGUUAAAGGUACGCCAUUUGAAUUUAAUAGUGGUGCGUAUGACAAUUUAACAAUGUGGGAACAAAUAGAUAACGGUGAUCAAUAUACUCCGUCAAAGAAGUUUUUGAUGUUGGUUCCAAUUGGAUUAUUUUUGAUAAGUACUCAUUACUCGAGGUAUAACUUGUAUUUAUUCUUAUUAAACGGUCUUAGUUGUCUUUGUGUUGUGGUGCCAAAGUUGGCCUUUGCUCAUAGAUUGAGAGUCACCUUGUUCUAA